UUGAUGAACGGAGGAUUUUCCAGUGUCAGUAUCCUACAGUCGGUUCAGGUUCAGAGUUGCGGCGUUUGUCCUGCCUCCUCACGGUGCGUUUUUCAUGAAAACCCUUCACCAUCAGUGAGAGAGCUGGGUUUAAGGGGGAGCGGAUCUGAAGGGCCCAGUCUGGCUGAUAGAGGCAUCCAUAUACUUUUACACAUGGCGCUGUAGUAUAAGCACAUUUUCUGUGGAUUGUGGAAGGGACCUCAUUUUCAAGAAAACCGCCCGUUUUCUGUACAGCUGCGGGCGCUCACCAUGGAGACGAAAAGAUGGACAACCAGGUGGAAAACGAAAAAGUGGCUCUGGGAUUCAACGUUAAUCUCCGUGGCCACAUUAAUUUUAAUCCUACAAGCUGCCAGUGUCCGAGCAGCAGAACCAGUGGAUGUACUGAAGGUGCUAGACUUCCAGAGCUCUCCUGAAGGAGUACGGAAAACACCAGGCUUCUGCACAGUCCGGAGAGGAUCCAAACCUGACAUAGCUUACCGAGUGGGAAAAAAGGUUCAGAUCAGCACUCCAACCAAAGAGCUCUUCCCAGGGGGAGUUUUCCCAGAAGAUUUCUCUAUCCUGUUUACCAUCAAGCCUGGCCUCCAGUCCUUCCUGUUGUCUGUGUACAACCAGAAAGGCAUUCAGCAGCUGGGUGUGGAGUUAGGCCGUACCCCCAUAUUCCUGUAUGAUGACCAGCAUGGCAAGCCUGCCCCGGAAGAGUACCAUUUAUUCCGCUCCAUCAACCUUGCUGAUGGCAAAUGGCAUCGUGUAGCAAUCAGUGUGGAAAAGAAAAAUGUUACCAUCAUUGUGGACUGUAAGAAAAAGGUGACCAGGCCACUUGCCAGAAGCGACCAGGCCGUCAUCAGCACAGACGGCAUUACUGUGUUCGGCACCAGAAUCCUGGAUGAGGAGGUCUUUGAGGGUGACAUCCAACAACUGCUGAUAGUGGCAGACUCCAGUGCAGCCUAUGACUACUGUGAACACUACAGCCCUGACUGUGAAACCCCCAACCAUCACGACACCCCCCAGGCCCAAGAACCUGAGGAUGUGUACACUAACUAUGAGUAUAGUGACUUCUAUGACUACAGUGAAGGAGAGGUAACCACUGAUGCUCCCCCAAGUGAAGGAGCCAAGACUGAGACAAAUGCGGGUGAAGACUACUACACGGGUGAGUAUGACUACACCACAGUGGACGGAAGUCAGCCUGAAACUCCCACUGAGACUGCAGGACAAGGCCAGAGUUACGAGGGGGAAAUAGUGGAUGAUUACAUCACCGGUGUGGAACAGGUUGGGGUGGACCCCACUGUUGCCGUGGAAACUGCUGUCCCAGUUGACCCCAAGGAGAAGGUGGAACCUGCUACUGAUGUGUAUGAGUUUAAGGAAUAUGACCUGAAGGAAUAUGACAACAAAGAAUUUUUAGAGAAACCAUAUGAGUACGGUGAUUAUGGUGAUUACAACCCCACUGAUGCCAAGCCUACACCUGAAACAUAUGAAGAAGAAUUUGGUCCUGGCGUUCCAGCGGAGACAGACAUCAGAGAGAGCAGUAUGGGUGGAGGUCACAGCUACCUGGGAGAAAAAGGAGAGAAGGGUGAACCUGCUGUCAUUGAGCCAGGGAUGCUUAUAGAAGGACCCCAAGGAGCCCCGGCCAAGCAGUGAGGUGUUCCUGGUACCCCAGGAUUGCAGGGUCCCCCAGGUCCCCCAGGAGAUCCUGGUGAAAGGGGUCCUCCAGGCCGCGCUGGUCUUCCUGGUUCCGAUGGUGUCCCUGGGCCUCCAGGUACCAUUCUGAUGCUUCCAUUCCGUGCAGGUGGUGAGGCACACAAGGGACCUGUGGUUACAGCCCAGGAAGCUCAGGCUCAGGCCAUCCUAUCUCAGGCUAGACUGGCAAUGAGAGGUCCUCCAGGGCCAGCGGGCUUGACAGGAAGAUCUGGUCCUGUUGGAGGUCCCGGUGCUCCUGGACUGAAAGGUGACAGCGGCGAAUCUGGCCCACAGGGACCUAGAGGUCUUCAGGGUGCAACUGGUCCACCAGGGAAAGCAGGAAAAAGGGGUCGUAAUGGAGCUGAUGGUGCACGAGGAAUGCCAGGAGAGGCAGGGGCUAAGGGUGACCGAGGUUUUGAUGGCCUCCCUGGUCUUCCUGGAGAGAAGGGACAUAGAGGAGAACAAGGCUCGUCAGGUCCUCCAGGACCUCCAGGAGAGGAUGGUCCAAGAGGUGAAGACGGCCAGGUUGGACAAAGAGGUGUGGCUGGAGAGAGUGGCCCUAGAGGUUUGCUAGGACCUAGAGGGUCUCCAGGUCCUGCAGGGCAGCGUGGUCUUCCUGGACUUGAUGGGCAAGCUGGUCCCAAAGGAAACAUGGGUCCACAAGGAGAGCCAGGGCCUCCUGGGCAACAGGGUCUGCCUGGUCCACAUGGUCUUAUUGGUCCUCAAGGUCCGAUUGGGCCUCCUGGUGAAAAAGGACCUCAAGGGAAACAAGGCUUGGCCGGCCUCGCUGGUGCUGACGGCCCUCCGGGUCACCCAGGCAAAGAGGGUCCUGCAGGCGAGAAAGGAGCAGCUGGUCAUCCUGGUCCUAUGGGAUCCAUUGGUUACCCUGGGCCUCGUGGUGUAAAAGGCGCUGAAGGAAUUAGAGGCCUUAAAGGUGGCAAAGGAGAAAAGGGAGAAGAUGGAUUUCCUGGCUUUAAAGGUGACAUGGGCCUCAAGGGUGACAAGGGUGAGGGCGGUUUACAAGGAGCCAGAGGGGAAGAUGGCCCUGAAGGUCCCAAAGGCAAGUCAGGACCCAACGGAGAAGCUGGUCCCAUGGGAUCAGCUGGAGAGAAGGGAAAACUUGGAGUCCCUGGUUUCCCUGGGUAUCCUGGAAGACAAGGCCCCAAGGGCUCCAAUGGCUUCGUUGGAUUUCCUGGAGCAAAUGGCGAGAAAGGAGCAAGGGGAAUUGCUGGUAAAUCUGGUCCUAGAGGGCAACGUGGCCCAACGGGUCCACGUGGUGGGCGUGGUGCUAGAGGACCAACAGGAAAGCCCGGUGCAAAGGGCACCUCAGGCAAUGAUGGACCUCCCGGCCCGCCAGGAGAGCGAGGACCUCAAGGACCACAGGGACCAGUCGGUUUUCCCGGCCCCAAAGGCCCUAAUGGCCCAGCAGGGAAAGAUGGGUUGCCUGGUCAUCCUGGACAGAGGGGAGAGACGGGCUUCCAAGGAAAGACUGGACCUCCAGGACCUGGAGGGGUGGUUGGACCACAGGGACCAACUGGAGAGACAGGGCCAAGUGGAGAACGAGGACACCCAGGCUCCCCUGGUCCACCUGGUGAGCAAGGUCUACCUGGAGCUGCUGGAAAAGAGGGUGGAAAGGGUGAUCCAGGUCCUCAAGGUCCUGGUGGCAAGUCAGGACCUGCAGGCCUGAGAGGCUUCCAAGGGACUAGAGGUCUUCCAGGGGCCAUGGGUCCAGCUGGCUUAAAGGGAGGAGAAGGGCCUCAGGGUCCCCCUGGCCCCAUCGGUUCUCCUGGAGAGAGGGGUGCUGCUGGCCCUGGAGGUCCCAUUGGUCUGACAGGACGUAAUGGCCCACAAGGACCACCCGGUCCCGCUGGAGAAAAGGGAGCUCCUGGAGAGAAAGGUCCUAUGGGUCCUGCUGGCCGUGAUGGCAUUCAAGGUCCUGUGGGUCUUCCUGGUCCAGCUGGUCCGCAGGGUCCCCCUGGCGAGGACGGUGACAAGGGUGAAGUCGGCGGGCCUGGACAGAAGGGAAGCAAAGGAGACAAGGGUGAACUUGGUCCACCAGGUCCAAGCGGUCUACAGGGCGUUGUUGGAGCUCCUGGUCCAGCCGGCAGUGAUGGUGAGGCUGGUCCUAGAGGACAGCAGGGUAUGUUUGGCCAGAAAGGAGAUGAAGGUCCCAGAGGAUUCCCAGGUCUACCAGGACCUAUUGGAUUGCAGGGUUUGCCUGGCCCUCCUGGUGAGAAGGGAGAGAAUGGAGACGUUGGACCAAUGGGUCCACCUGGUCCUCCUGGUCGAGGUCCUCAAGGUCCCAGUGGAGCCAUGUGAGGUGCUCAAGGUCCUCCUGGAGGUAUUGGAGCAAUGGAGGGAGAAACUGGUGAGGCUGGCAACCCUGGACCACCUGGAGAGCCUGGUAUUGGGGGCCUGAGAGGAGAGACUGGUGAGAAAGGAGAAACUGGCCCCCCAGGAGCUGCUGGACCCUCUGGAGGCCGUGGACCACCUGGAGAUGAUAGCGUCCCAAGGGUAACCCUUGAUAGGCUGGGAGAAGCUGGAGCGGAAGGGCCCGUUGGGAAAACUGGACCAGUGGGACCUCAGGCCCCUGGAAAAUCUGGAGCUGAGGGUCUGCGUGGAAUCCCUGGCGCUGUGGGUGAGCAAGGGCUCCCUGGUGCUUCUGGUCAAGAUGGCCCUCCUGGACCUAUAGGACCCCCUGGACUUCCUGGUAUGAAAGGUGACUCUGGAUCCAAGGAGAGAAAGGGUCAUCCAGGUCUAAUCGGUCUGAUUGGACCUCCUGGUGAACCUGGAGAGAAAGGAGACAGAGGUCUGCCUGGUCCUCAGGGUGCUUCAGGUGGCAAGGGUGAUGCUGGUGCUGGUGGUUCCCAAGGUCCUCUGGGCCCACCUGGACCUCCUGGAAUUUCUGGUGCACAAGGACAGAAGGGAUCUAAGGGAUCAACUGGUUCAGCUGGUCAGAAGGGAGAUCCUGGACUGAUAGGACCACCAGGACUACCUGGUCCACCUGGUGAUGUUAUCCAGCCACUGCCCAUCCAGCAGUCCUCCAGAAAAACCAGACGGCAGGCUGAGAUGCAGGGAGAUGAGGCCUUGGCUGACUACGGCAUUGAUGGCAUGGGCAUGGAAGGGAUGGAGGAUGUUUUUGGAUCUCUCAAUAACCUCAAACAGGACAUUGAGCGCAUGAAGUUCCCAAUGGGCACCCAGGACAACCCUGCCAGAACCUGCAAUGACCUGCACCUCAGCCAGCCUGACUACCCAGAUGGUGAAUACUGGAUUGAUCCCAACCAGGGCUGCAUUGGAGACUCCAUCAAAGUGUUCUGUAACUUCACAGCAGGUGGAGAAACAUGCAUCUACCCAGAUAAAAAAUCCACAGGAGUUAGAAUAUCUAACUGGCCCAAGGAGUCUCCAGGUUCAUGGUUCAGUGAGUUUAAACGUGGCAAAAUCUUGAACUAUGUUGAUGCGGCAGAAAACACCAUCAAUACAGUGCAGAUGACCUUCCUGAAGCUGCUGAGCUCUUCGGCACGACAGAACUUCACCUACAUUUGCCAUCAGUCUGUGGCCUGGUAUGACGCCAAGGCUGACAACUAUGACAAGGCACUGCGCUUCCUGGGCUCCAACGAUGAGGAAAUGUCUUACGACAAUAAUCCCUUCGUCAAGCCGCUGAUGGACGGCUGUUCGCUGAAGCAGGGCUAUUCAAAGACAGUGAUGGAAAUCAACACUCCCCGCAUCGACCAGCUGCCCAUCAUUGACGUCAUGCUGAAUGACUUUGGGGACUCCAACCAGAGAUUUGGGUUCGAGGUCGGCCCCGUGUGCUUCCUCGGCUAGACACGCCCCUACUCCCCGCUGAAGGACAGGGUCAAAGGGUAUAUAUUAACACCCACAUGCUGAGAUCUGUCAACCUUUACCUUCUCUCCCCGCGAAGCAAAAACCUGUGUUUUCUUUUGUUGCCAAGAAGAUCCACUCAAACCUGGAGAAGAAGAGUGCCCCCAGGCCCUGUCAUGAAAGCGUUGACCAGGGGAAACUACUCCUCGCCCUUGUAGGGCUUGAAUCACAUGACUUUGACCAAAUAAUGGGAGUGACAUCAGGAAAAGGACAUUUGAUGCUGUGGCGGACAGUGGCGCACUUUCAGCAACAGAGAGAGGAUCCACUCACCCUAAGCCCCAUCCUCCCUUGUCCUUUUCUUCCCACCACACCUCCCUCUCUGGAUGCUCCAGGUGCUGCUCUGAAUACAACCACACAGGUGCUUUUGUGCAGAAUCACAAAACACUCAAGGUGCUAUAAAAAGUGCUUUUUGAUAAAACUGUAAUUAUUAUUAUUAUUAUUAUUAUUUUGUACAAUAUGGUUUCUUUCCGAAUCCACUCUAAAAACUUGCAUGUGCCCCAGCUCUUAAAGUUGAAUUAAAUAUUUGGUAAACUAUAUCAGAAUAAAUCCUAUAAAUAUAUUUAAUGUCUUUUAAGAACAAAUUUGAUCUGAAAUAUUUUGUCUUUUCAAAACAUUUAUGACGUACAUUUGAUAGAAGCUCCAAUUUGUAAGUAUGAAAGAAUUAUUUUGUAAAUAAUAUAACAUCCAUAAUUUGAUCUUUCAGAGGAUAAAAAAAUAACAACAGAAAUACUACAACACAACUCUAACUCAUAAAGCAUUUUGCAUUUCUUUCAUGGCAAACCAAGUUGGUAUGAGCAUUAGGAAAUUAAGCCAUAGUAAAAUGAGAUAGUAAUAUAAAUAUUCUGAGAAAGGGCUUAUUCUUCCAGACACAACUUCAGUCAGAUGUUAUACCUCAGUUUCUUUUAAAAAUGAUGGACAUAUUUAACUCUUCAGCCAUGUUUAUAUCUUUAGAAGGCAGUCAAGUUUGAACAUUAUUUGUGGUUUCUCGUUUAGAAAGAAAAAUAAUUUUUGUGUGGUUAAAUUUUUCCAAUUGUUCUUUUUGAAUUCACAGAAAAGCCCUGUUGAUGUUUUCUUUGUAACAAUGAACAACAUGUUUUCGUGUGCCUUGAAUUGUUCAUUUAAAAAUAUUAAAACUGGAUUCUGAAAAAUGUUGGGUUGAAUGUCUGUAUUGUUGGCUGUUUAAGUGCAAAAAUAAGUAGUCCUCUCUUUGUGAUUCUGCGCUGCCUUAUCCAUAUCACCUUACUUUACCAUGAUAAUUUAAGAUUAGGAGGAUUAGUGUUUCCGAGUGUUUGGGUUCAUGUGAUUGAUUCUACCGAGCCCAAGCACUGAGGUUUUUUUUUUCCAGCUUUAUUCCUCUGACUCAGAUUUGAUUUUGAUCAAGAUCUGUUUGCAUCCCCACCUCUUUAGCUUAAAGCUAUGAUCGCAACAGCUUCAGAGCCGCUUUCAAACCUGUGUAAUUACAGCAUGUUUACAAUGUGUGCAAAUGAAAUAAAUGUUUGGUGCUUUGCCAAAUGCACAUUGCGA